UUUCCUAUCAUCUAUUCUGAAACCAGUUCCGUAUUCAGUGCUAGCCUACAUUAAUGUAACAUCGGCGCCCACAUCAUACAGCGUAUAUAGAUAGAAUUGUCGGAUAAGAUCACACCAACUCGACCAUGGAGCCUUGAACUGGAAUGUAAGAGAUGCGUUUACUACUCGCUACUCAGAAGCCGAGAAAACGAUGCUUACACCCACAGCACCACAGAGAUGAAAAUGCAGCACACUUGAUAUCUCCCUGGAGGGGAAGCCUGAUUUAAGAUGAAGCGACUGAAGGGGAAAACCCAGAAGUGUGGAGCAUUUCAGAAAAUCCUGUGAACUCUGACCUCCAGCCCCCAUCUGCCAUAUUAUUCCUUUCCCCCAAAUACAUAGCACUCCCAUCCAUCAACACUCCUGCUCUGGUCCAAGAUGACCUCACCGAGAAAGCACCUGGUCAAGGAUUUCAACCACUUUAUCACAUGCUACGUAUGUAAAGGAUACCUGAUCAAGCCCACCACGGUGACUGAGUGCCUGCACACCUUUUGUAAAAGCUGCAUCGUCCAACACUUUGAAGACAGCAACGACUGCCCCAAAUGUGGCAUUCAAGUCCACGAAACCAACCCUCUGGAGAUGUUAAGGUUGGACAACACUUUAGAGGAAAUCAUUUUCAAACUCGUGCCUGGGCUGAGAGAAAAGGAACAACAGCAGGAGAUUGAGUUCUGGAGGAGUCGAAAGUCGAAGGAAAACGGAGAAGAAGAUGGCCCCCGAUCAAAGAGGUCUAGGCUGGAUGCCGAGAAUGAUGACGGUGGAGAUGGAGACUACCACAGGAGUGACCCUCAGAUAGCCAUCUGUCUGGAUUGUCUACGCAACAGCAGUCUGGUGGAAGAGAACAUUGUGAGGGGCUUAAUGAAGAAAUUUAUACGCUGCUCGACUCGAGUGACAGUCGGAACAAUCAAGAAGUUUCUCAGCUUGAAGUUAAAGCUUCCAAGUUCUUAUGAGCUAGACGUCCUAUGCAACGGGGAGAUCAUGGGAAAAGACCACACCAUGGAGUUCAUCUACAUGACGCGGUGGAGACUUCGCGGUGAAACCGACUACCCAAUGGUACUAGAAUAUCGCCCACGGAUAGACUUUGGUUGAUGGAGGGAGACGUGGGACUACUCCUGCACUAACAGCCCAUUGACAGACUACACAAUGAAUGGAUGUGCCUGGCACAAGAGACAAGGACCACACAUCUUCUUAUCAUCUGCAUGCAGUAAUCCGUGAUUGCCUCUAAUCUCAUUCUGUUCUCUUACGUUAUCCUUCAGUUUCACUGUCUGCGUUUCAUUUGUCAAAAAUGCAUCAAGGGUUUGAGAGCAUGCCUGUGUAUCAUGACAUAUUGAUUCUUUUUUUUAAAGUACCGAAAUGUAAUUGACUGAAGAGUGAAGACAUGCCCUUUAAUUCUACAGCACAUUGAAGUGUCCGUAAUAAUACAAGGUGAAAUGACUAGUAGUCUGUUGUUACGCAA